UAAAACUAAUGAUACUCGAUGAGGUUAGGUUUUUGCCAUUGAUGGAGAUUGAAAUUGAUUUGAAAAAUAUAUAUAUCACAUUCCAUUCCACCAAAGAAGCAACAUUGUCUAAUUUUUAUUUAUUUAUUUUUAAUUAUUAUGUUAUUGUGUAAUAAAUACUUAAAUAGUUAGUAGGUGUGCAAGAAGAAGACCAGUUACACAACGACAAAGAAACUCCAAUGGUGGCCCAUUUGGAAAUUCAACUGUCAAGUUCACAUGAAGCUCACAACCCAAGCACAGUAAAUAUAUAUAUAUUUUAUAUGAAGAAAUUCCUUUAAGAAAGGAACCCAAGAUUUUGGGCUCCCUUUUUCUCUAGUCCCAAAACGAAAGAGGAGGAGAGGACUAUUUUCCUUCUUGGUAAGGAGUCAGCGUCAUCAAACCCAGAUCCAAUUUCCUCAGAAGUAUACUACCCAACUUCUGCUUAACCCUUUUUCCCUUUCUCCAACUCUCUGAAACCAAGCCUUUUCUUCCAUGUCUGGAAAUUCGGCACCGCUUUUACUUCGACUGUUUUCAGGGAGCAGAUGUUCAAUGUCUGCUGUUGUCUGGAGCUUGGUUGGUUGUGUUCUUAUGCUUCACCUCUACUCGCUUGUUCGCCAUAAAGAUGUGGUUACUGGGGAGAUUCAAUCACAUACAGUUCAGAACCCGCAAUUGCGUGAACUUCAGAAAGUUGAUGAGGAAAAAAUCCAAAUGCCUCCACCUAGGAAGAGAUCUCCGCGUGCUGCGAAAAGAAAGCCAAAACGACCAACAACUAUAAUCGAAGAAUUUCUAGAUGAGAAUUCCCAACUAAGAGGCACAUUCUUUCCUGGUCAGAAAACUGCUAUAGAUCCGAGGAAGGAUGGGAAUGAUAGCUUUUAUUAUUCACCAGCUAAAAUUUGGUUGGAUACUGAUGGAAAUCCUAUUCAAGCCCAUGGAGGUGGGAUUCUAUAUGAUGAGAAGACAAUGACUUACUACUGGUAUGGUGAAUACAAAGAUGGGCCAACCUAUCAUGCACACAAAAAAGCAGCUGCUCGGGUUGACAUAAUUGGAGUAGGUUGUUAUUCUUCAAAAGAUUUGUGGAAAUGGAAAAAUGAAGGUAUUGUGCUGGCAGCAGAAGAGACGGACGAAACUCACGAUCUCCACAAAUCCAAUGUUCUUGAGCGGCCAAAAGUGGUUUACAAUGAGAAUACAGGCAAAUAUGUUAUGUGGAUGCAUAUUGAUGAUGCCAACUACACCAAAGCAUCUGUUGGUGUUGCUGUUAGCGAUUACCCUACUGGUCCAUUCGACUAUCUAUACAGCAAACAACCUCAUGGCUUUGAAAGCCGAGACAUGACAAUUUUCAAAGAUGAUGAUGGGGUAGCAUAUUUAAUAUACUCAUCUGAGGACAAUAGUGAGCUUCAUAUUGGACCGCUAACAAAAGAUUAUCUCAAUGUGACUCCCAUAGUGCAACGGAUUCUUGUGGCACAACAUAGGGAAGCCCCAGCAUUGUUCAAGCACCAGGGAACUUAUUACAUGAUAACAUCAGGCUGCACUGGAUGGGCUCCAAACGAAGCACAUGCGCAUGCUGCAGAGUCAAUCAUGGGGCCAUGGGAGACUAUGGGAAACCCAUGUAUUGGAGGGAGCAAAAUAUUUCGACUGACCACAUUCUUUUCUCAGAGUACAUUUGUAGUUCCUCUGCCUGGAUUGCCUGGUACAUUUAUUUUCAUGGCAGACAGAUGGAACCCAGCUGAUCUGAAGGACUCAAGGUACGUAUGGUUGCCUUUGAUCGUUGGAGGGCCAGUGGAUCGGCCUUUCGACUACAAUUUUGGUUUCCCAUUAUGGUCAAGAGUGUCAAUAUUCUGGCACAGAAAAUGGAGACUUCCUCAGGGAUGGCGUGUCAUGAAAUGAAUGUAGGGUCUCUUGCUAUAAUCUGUGUAUAAUAAUGAAAGCGUUUUACCAUUUUUUUUUUCUCACUGGCUCAAUAGCUUUUGCCAAUGAUUUUUCUUUGUGGUAGUUUUGUUCAUAAUAGCUUUGAGGAAGAUUACUAGUUGCCUAGAGAAAAGGUUUAUUGUUUGGAGAUUUUACCAAUAAUCACCUCCACUUUUAACAUCAUAUGUCAUCAUUCGUCACUUAAA